UUUACGUAGUUCAGGAGCAUUGGCAUUACUUUUUUUUCUUUGAACUGUCUAUUCCUAUGUCUUGCUCCAUUUUCUAUCGAGCUGUUGGAAAUUUGUCUCUCUACUUUUAGGUAUUCUUUGUAUAAGAGGAGAAUUAACCCUCUUUGAUAUAGUCUGAGAUUCAUAUUUUAAUUGUGAUGCUCCUUGUCUCCCAUUGUCUUUUAGGUCUUUAUGCAGUCAGAUGUAUGAAUCCUUUUCUUUACAAUCUUUCAACUCUUAGAAAUAGUUGCCCCGCCCCUAGGUUACAAAGGAUUUGUCUGAGUUUCUUCUAGUAUUUAUGUGGAUUGAUUUUUAGUGUUAUGUUUCUAAUGUAUUUAGCAUGUGAAUGGCGUGAAGACGUGGGUGCAGUUUUGUCUUUUUCUGUGUGGUUUUGUAGUUAUCCCAAUGCUGGUUAUUAGUCCAUCUUUCUCCCCAUUGCUCUGAGAGGCUGCCUUAGGGACGAUAAAUGUAACGUAAUACAAUUGCACUGGAUACUCAUGAAUAUAGUAGACCAAUUUGGUCUAACUCUGAAUUGUCUGUUUUUGUUUUCCGUUCUGUCUCUGUUCACACACACGUCCUACUGCCUUAAUUAUAGGGACUAAAAUAUUUUACUAUCUGGUAGAGAUGGCCCUCCCUCAUCGUUCUUCUCUUUGUUGACUCUACAGGCUAAUUUUCUUUCUUCAUUCAUCCAAAUGAAGUUUAUAGUCAACUAUUUUAGCUGCAGAGAAAAGAUGGUGACAAAUUUGUUAAAAUUUAUAUUUCUAUAAAAUCACGUUAAAGAAGUAUCUAUUAAAACAGUGUGGAAUUUGGGGAAAUGUCUGUUCUGCAUCAAAGUAUUUUUCUUCUUAACUCUACUAAAGAGGAUGUAUUGUAGCAAUCCAUUUUCUCAUAUUGAACCACCGUAGUAUUUCUGAAAUAAAUCACAUUUAAUUAUGGGGUAUUACUUUUUAGUGUCUGACAAUUUAUUUGGGAUUUUUGCAAUAGUAUUUGCAAAUGAGACAUGUCUGUAGCUUUAUUUAUUGGUGAAAACUUUGUUAGCCUUUGGGAUCAAUAUCAUACUUGUGGUAUAGAAUGAACAGGAAAGAUUUCCUUCUGUUUUAAGUCAUCAGGAAUAGUUUAAGAAAGGUUUAAGUGAGAUCCCCAUGAAACCAUCUGGACCUGGUACUCUUUUGUAGGGGAACUCUUUAACUACUUUGUUGUUUCUUCCAUGGUGAUUGAAUUCUUUCAUCUUUUCGUCUUUAUGGGACCAACAUGGAUAGUACACUACUGCAGGUUUUCAUGGAGAAACACAAAGGAGAUAAGAGGAAUGUGAUGGUUUCCACUUACCUUCGUUGAUUCUUUUUCUUCUCCUUCCCUUUUUUAAGACAUGGCAGACGCUCAGGACAACACUCUGAGGAUUGUUUUGGUGGGGAAAACUGGAAGUGGGAAGAGCGCAACGGCAAACACCAUCCUGGGGAGUGGAGUCUUUGACUCUAGAGUUGCUCCCCAUGCUGUCACCGCCAAGUGUCAAAAAUCAUCCAAGGAAUGGAAGGGGAAGAAACUUCUUGUUGUUGACACCCCAGGGCUCUUUGACACCAAGAAGACCCUGAAUACCACGUGCAGGGAAAUCAGCCAGUGUGUCCUCUACUCCUGCCCUGGGCCCCACGCCAUCAUCUUGGUCAUCCAGCUGGGCCGCUACACAGAUGAAGAGCAGAAGACCGUGGCAUUGAUCAAGGCUCUCUUUGGGAAGCCAGCCUUGAGGCACAUGAUCAUGUUGUUCACUGGCAAAGAUAACUUGGAGGGUCAGAGCCUGAGUGACUUCUUAGCAGAUGCAGAUGUGAAGCUAAAAAACAUCAUCACAGAGUGUGGGAACCGCUGCUGUGCCUUCAACAACAGAGCCUCAGAGGCUGAGAAGGAAGCUCAAGUGCAGGAGCUGGUGGAGCUGAUAGAGGAGAUGGUGCAGAGCAACGGAGGGGAUUACUUUACUGAUGCCAUUUACGAGGACACAGAGAAGAGGCUGAAGCAACGGGAAGAAGACCUGAAGAAGAUCUAUACCGAUCAAUUAAAUAAUGAAAUUAAACUAGUAGAAAAGGAAUAUGCUGAUAAAUCACAGGAAGAACGGGAGGAAAAAAUAAAAUGGCUAAAGAGGAUUUAUGAUGAACAAUUAAAAAAUAUCAGGGAAGAAGCUGAGAAGGGCAUAUUUGAACAUGUUUUAGAUGGGAUUAGGAGGGUGCUUUCAAAAAUAUGGCAUAUGUUCUGGUAGUAAAGAUCAUUUCAUUUUUUCUUUUGAAUUUACGAUGAUUUGCAAUAGUGGUAGAUUGUAGUUUCCAUAGAUAGCUGUGACAGUAGCUUCUACUUAUUCUUCCUAUAACCUGACCCUGUUACUCCUGCCACUGAGUUGCGGGGCCUGUGUCCUCUACCUUGGAACUGGGCAGAUCUGGGACCGUUUCAAUUAAUAGCAGAUGGUUGAAGCAACACCUUGUGACUCUAAGGUUACAUAUGGGCAAUGCUUCCUUGCCCUGUUGGAGUUCUUGCCCUUGGAACUUGACUGCCAUGUUGUGAGAAAGCCCAGGCUGUUUCUUGAGAGGCCCUCAUGCAGAGGGCCUGAAGUCACUGGCCCACUUCCCAGCUCACCUUUCAUUUGUGACUCACACCAACUUGCCCGCCAUGCAAAUGAGGCAACACAGAAGCCGGCCCUCAGGCUGCCCCGCCAUCUCAGGCGAAGUUGCAGAAAGCAAAGAUGAUCCAUUCCCACUGAGUCCUGACCAAAUUGCUGCUUUAUGAGAACAAAUAAAUGAUGGUUUUGUUUU